AUGUCGCCGUCAUGGACCAAAACAGAAAAGCUUAUGAACGGUACGAUUUGGAUCACUAUAUAUCGUUCUACAAGAAGUCGGUUAGUGGUUGUUGUUGGUGAUGUUCCAGGUCCGAUGGUGAAAGGAUGCAUCUCAUUUGUGACAGAAACGGAUUGCGACGAUGGUCUUCCGCACACCGUGGAACAUCUAGUGUUCAAGGGCAGUAAAAACUAUCCGUACAGUGGUUUCCUUGACAUGAUCGCUAAUCGAUGUAUGGCUAGUGGGGCAGGAGGAUUCACAUGUCAGGACCACACAUUCUACACUUUGAAUUCUGAUUCUCAAUUUGCUACCGAAAUUCAUCACAUCGAUGGAAACGGUGAGAACGCAGGAGUUGUUUACUGCGAGAUGAAGGAUCUCGAGUCAAAAAUGGCCAUACUCAUGGAUAGGAAGAAAACAGAGGUGCUGUAUCCAUCGGGGAACCCCUACCGCGCAGAUGUAGGUGGAAGAUUGAAAAAUCUUCGUGAGACGUGUACAGUGGAUCGAGUAGGACUCCUAGAUUUGUUUGGAUACGAGCCAACGAAUUUCAUGGAGAAAGUCGCAUUUGAAGUAAUGUUUGAAUAUAUGUCGGACUCACCGAUGUCACCAUUGCAGCGGGAAUUUGUGCUCAUCGACAAGCCGUUGGCCAAUCGAGUCGGAUUCCAAGUGGAAGUGAAGACGACAUCUCUGAUUCAAGUGACGUUCAAUGGAGUACCAACGGAAUGUUUGAAUGACGUUAAAAAAUCGAUGGAUAAAAUUGUCGAGAAACAUACACAGGACAAGACGUGGGAUAUGGAAAGGAUCGAUUUUCUCAUAGCAAGAGCUAUCCAGAACAAGAUCAAAGAUAUGGAAGAACGUCCUGAUUUUCAAAUUUUUCGUCACAUGAUUGGCCAUCAACUCUAUGACAAUAGCGAAGAGGAACUCAGGACUCGAAUGAAUGAGUUGGAAUUUAUCCGACGCCUCCGAUCCGAGCCCGCAUCUUUUUGGUCUGGUCUCGUCAAGAAAUACUUCACCAAGCCACAUGUAGCAGUUAUCGGAAUACCAAGCGAAAAAAUGGUUGAACAAGUUGCCAAAGAGGAAAAGGCACGACUGGAACAGCAACGACAGAAACUCGGCAAGGAGGGCAUUAAGAGCUGUGGAGAGAAAAUAUGCUGCGCGAUGGAAGAAAAUACAUCUCGUAAACCCGAUGCCGAACUGCUCCAACAGUUGAUCGUGAAGAAACUGGAGGCUUUCGACAGGUUCCCUGUUGAUGCAAAAUGCAACGUUGGCGGAUCCCCUGCGUCACAGUCAGUAGCGAAAUUCCUGGAGCAGUUUCCCUUCCCCACAACGGUCCACAACUGUCCAACCAAGUUCGUCGAGUUAUUUCUUCUCCUGGAUUCGAGUGCUUUGACAGUGGAACAGCGGGCUUGGCUUUGUCUCUACAAUGAACUUUUGUUUGAAUCUCCUGCAAUAAUCAAUGGCGAACUAAAGAGUGCCGAAGACGUAGCGAAACUGUACACGAAGGACCUGAUAGAGCACUCUGUCGAAGUCGGAAUUUCUUCGAUUGAUUCAAUUAUUUCCCUGACAAGUCCGAUGUCUUUCUUUGAUAAAUUCGUUGUUCUUCGGAUUGUGGUUGAUGCAGAGACGAGUUUUUCCAAUCUAGCGAAAUGGGCGGAAAUUUUUACAACUGAUAUUGUAUUUGAUGCUCAGCGUGUAAAACAGUGUGCAAAGAAACUUUCGAGCGAUGCUCGAGAAAAGAGUAGGAACGGUGGUGCAGUUGUUAACACAGCUGUAGCCUCAAUGAUCUACCACUCAAAUACAAACUCUCGGAUGUAUGACGUACUUGUGUUGGAGAAAUUCCACAAGAAGGUUGCUAUGCUUUGCGACUCGCAACCUACGUUUGUGAUUGAGAAGUUAGAAGAGGUACGGUUCACUUUACUUUCUGCCGGUAUUAACGCACAUUUUGUUUGCAACGUCGAUCUUAUCGAAGAUGCACUGCUCGUUCCUCACCAAUGGAGUUUCGUCGAAAAAUAUUCUGGGAAAUCUGAGAAAUUCACAGUGGUCGCAGGUGAAUCGCUUCAGCCUGGAUUUGUCCGGAGAAAACUUUUGCUGGGUGUCAGCGGAACCGAAUCGUCAUUCAUCUAUCAGACAUCCAUCGUGGAUUGUGGUUUGAUCGGUGAAGAACUGAUCCCAACCAUGAUUUUCGCACAAUAUCUUAGCCAAUAUGAAGGUCCACUAUGGCGUGGAAUCCGUGGCGAAGGUCUAGCUUACGGUGCAAAAAUCCGCGUUCAUCCAGAGAAGCGCACGAUUUCCUUGUCUCUAACAAGGUGUGCAGAACCAGUGCGAGCCUAUGAACGAGCGAAGCAAAUCGUGAUUAAUGUGCUCAAAAAUGGUGUUUUGACGGAAUCCGAAUUUGAGGCCGCUAAACGAUCUUUGAUCUGCGAGAUGGUGAAGUAUGAACAAACGGUUACCGGAGCAGGAAGACUAUCAGUGAUCGAGCACAUAAGAGGGAGCUCUUUAAAUAAUCGGAGGCAAUUUUACGAGAGUGUAUGGACAGCAACAAUUCAAGAUGUACUUCUUAAAGGAGGUCCAGAAGUGGCGAAAUUGUUCGAGGAUUACGCAUUGGCGAUCGCAGUGCAUCCAUCAAAAAUAUCGGAGAUCAUGUCAGCGUUCCCUGACAUUGAAGAAACUGCAGUAUCGUCUUUGAACUCCCAUAUCCCGACGUCACUUGCAUAA